GGACUGUUCAAAGUUCCAAGUUGCUAGAUAUCGGAUGCUGCCAACCUCCCCACGACCCGAUAGCUUAAAAGAAAAGGAAGAUGGUCACAGUUAUAUGAAGAAACCAAUAAGCGCUACACAGUCUAUUCCUUCGUGGUUGCCAAUAUCUCUGCUUGCUGUGACGAGUGCAGCACUCGUGGUCCCUGUUGUACUCCUGCGUCGACAUAGAAAGAAUACUGCUACUACAAGUGCUCUACAACAGGCAUCUGCUCCCCCUCGAAGGAGUGCAGCUAUUCCCAACGAGUUCGCCAAGUUCAGGCCCGCUCAAACGUCGAAAUUUCCACCAGGUCCUUUAACUAAGGCUCCAGUGGAAAUUGACCGACACCCCAGCAAUGACAAUAAUGGAGAUUUUUUCAACGCCCCCUUAUAUACAUUGAAAGCAUUCAGUAUCGCUACAGCCCUUGUCAGCCUCGGUGCAGCAACAUCGAUAUGGGGAGUGAAGACAUUCUUAGGGGUCCAUGACACCAAAGAGUUCGCAGAUCAAAUGCGUAACACCCUUCUCACCAAAAUGCCCGUCCUAUCAUCCAGGAUUCAUCGGGCAUUCUCUUCUGAAAACGUCGGUUCCACAACGUCUCAUGCCAACGAUUCCAGCCGUGUAGAAGUGGAGUGGAAUUGGCCUGACGCAGAAAAUCGAUUAAAAGAGGCUUUCGAUAAAGGAGGAUUUUCCGGUUGGGCACAGGCUGCCUUGUUAGAAGUUGAAGCCGAAGGUCGUUUUGAGCAAGCAAAACGACACAUAGGCAAAGAUGCGGAUAAUCAUACCACAGCCUCUGCUUAA